AUGAGCGCCAAUUCGCAGAAAUCAUCACCGUCCGCGUCGGAACCCAAGCCCCAUGAAUCGGAACAUCUGGAGGAAAUCGAGAAUCCCGGGCUCGAUGUCCUGUCGCUGUCGCGUGCAGUCAAAAAACGAAAAGCCGAAUAUACGCGCCGACGAAAUAUUCGAAUCAAGGUCGGCACUUGGAAUGUUGCCGCCAUAUCCGGCACCGAGAAAGACAUUGGGAAGUGGUUUGUCGAGGGAGCUGCAGUGGGCGAGAAGUUCUCCGGAUCUAAAUGCACACAAGGCCAGGAACAAGAUGCUCAAUCCAGCAAACAUGACCAGCCGAAACCAGAUGAAGAUAAGACAGCACCUUUUCACAGCAGCCCCGAAGAGAUAGACCUCUACGUUCUGGGGCUGCAGGAGGUGGUGGAUAUUACUUCUCCGACAGAGGCACUCAGACCAUACGUCGACCCGGCACCAUCAAAGCGAUGGAAGGAGGCUGUCCAAACCUCGCUACCUUCAGGGUAUCAUCUUGUCUCGGAAGUUCAGCUGAUCGGUCUACUACUUCUGAUCUAUGCAUCGCCCGCCCUUGGGGAUAGUGUCUCUUCUAUCAGCACCACUUCUGUCGGUACUGGAUUGAUGGGAUACAUGGGUAACAAGGGUGCUGUUGCAGCCCGCCUUGUACUGGGCGAAACAACCCGCCUAGUCUUUAUCAACUCUCACCUGGCAGCAGGGUCGGACAAAAGUAGUCUUGAGCGGCGCAAUUGGGACUCUUCCCAAAUCGUUCAGCGUGUCAAGUUUGAUGCGGUCUCCUCUGAGGGAGAGGAAACGGAGGAGUCGGGCGAAUCCAUUGGGGAUGAGGACUUCACUUUCUGGUUUGGUGAUCUCAAUUACCGCCUCGAUGAUAUUCCUGGAGAUGAUGUGCGUCAAGUACUCGCUCGGCAUACCGCCAAUGCGUAUGACAAAGAGCGCCAGUCAAAACAGUCCUCAGACAAACCUCAAGAACCCAUACCUGAUUCCGAAGAAUCGCCGCCUCCGUCUCCUCUCGCGGAGGAUGAGACAAACCCAGUGACCGAUGAUGAAAUCGACCCCCAUAAUGACCCAGCGUCUCUUCAAACUACAAUAGCCUCUCUUCUACCGCAUGAUCAACUACGAAUGCAGCAACAUAAAGGGGCAGCUUUCCAUAAAGGAUGGCGGGAAGGACAGAUAUCUUUCUUGCCGACGUACAAAUAUGACGUUGGCAGUGUUGCCAUAUUUGACUCGAGUGAUAAGCAGCGGGGUCCAAGCUGGUGCGAUCGGAUUCUAUUCCGCACCAAACGGGAUAGGUUGAAGCAUGCGCAGCUCGACCGGGAAGCCGAGGAGGCUCGAAAGAGGGAUGAGGAAAUGGAGGCACGUGGGCUAGACAAGGCAGUUGCCGAUGACAACGUCUUGUUCGAAUAUGACCCUGAUACGGACGGCACGCAUAGUGAGGAAUAUUUGUCAGACGAAGACCAAGCAGAUGAUGAUGUGGCGACAGUUUCGUCGCAUGAUUCCCAUGAUCCAAUUCAUUUAGAUCAAUAUUUGUCUCACCAAGGCAUCCUCUCGUCAGACCAUAAGCCUCUGGAUGCUAUCUUCACCUUAAGCUUCGAUGCAGUCAAUCCCGAACUCAAGACAAAGAUCCACCAAGAGGUAGCCCGUGAACUAGACAAGGCCGAGAACGAAGCCCGACCAGAUCUCACCGUGGUGGUUGACAAAUACGGCGACCAAAAGAACGCAGAAAAAGACCCCAAUACUGUCGAUUUUGGUGAUAUCGCCUUUGGUGUGCCGGCUCAUCGAUCCGUGACAAUCGCCAACACCAGCGGUAGUGCAGCCACUUUCUCAUUUGCUGAACGACAAAGUGAGAAUGACGAAGGCAUUCCUUCGUGGCUUAAGAUUCAUGUUUCUCACUCGGCAGACACCCAUGACAAUGGCCAAACAACCACUUCUUCGUCUGGAAACCACACUCUGCACCCUGGAGAAGUAGCAAAUGUUGAUGUUACAGCUCAUAUUCGCAACACUAAACAUGCUCGGCUACUUAAUAUCAGAAAAGUGAAGCUGGAAGAUAUUCUAGUUCUCCACGUGGACGGUGGCCGUGAUCAUUUUAUUUCUGUUCAUGGAAAUUGGUUGCCUACGUGUUUCGGCUGCACUGUUGAAGAACUGACACGCAUGCCUGAGGCGGGAGCUCGCAGUUUGGCCAAAUCCAGCACCCCGCACCCGUCCAGCACGAAUGGCUCCACCGAGAACCGCUUGUCUGCGCCACGCGAGCUUUUCCGCCUCACCGAGGCGAUCUCUGAACUGACAGAGCGCGCCGUGGCAGAGUGGAGCAUGACAAAUGGCGAAUCGGAGGAGCAUAAAGCACCUUGGGCAACAGAUAUCUCCGGGGGAGCAUGGCCCUUCCAACCUGAUACAUGGACUCUUAAGGAUCCACAGGAGCGUGCUUCUCUGCAGAACCGUGCCCAUGAAGCCAUCGACACCAACGAGUCCCUCGCCUCGAUUUUCCCUCCUGAGGUGCCAUCAAUCCAGCGCUUAGAGAUCCUCUCCGAGACCCUGCUCACCUUCCUCAAUUCCCUUGAAGACGGCAUCGUGACGGCGCCAGUAUGGCAAGGUAUGGAGCAGCAGCUGAUAGCGCGCGAGAAGGCCAAAUCACCACCUCGAACCUGGGAAGAGACUCAAGCAUGGGUGCUUGAGAACCUCGCCUACUCACCCGCCCACAGCGUGUCAUUCACUUUUGUCACUUUCAUGCUCGCCCGCAUCGCCAACGAAGUAGCUCCCGUAUCGUCCGCUACAUCACAGGCCCCGGCCAAUCAUGGGAGAUCAGAUUCGGCAAACAAACAAUCCGAACCUGUAAACCCAGAUCAUACGCAGCCUCCUGCCCCAGCCAUCGCCGCCACUUUCAUCUCAAGUGGCGCAUUCCGUCGCAAGAGUCGCUCCACGAGUACAUCUACGAGCAGCGCCGAUGCCCCCCCUCAAAAUCCCUUGCUAGUCCGUCGGCAAGCAGUGGAGACUUCUCUAGCGUCUAUCUUUGCGCGUGUGCUGAUUUCUGCAUCAGUUCCCAUGCCAUCCAAGGAAAAAGAACGUCGAGCAUCUGAGGAGCGGAGACGAUCAAUUAUCGAACCAUUUCUCAAGAUGGUUGGGGUGGAUGAUCGGGGUCCUUCAGGUGGUCGAUCUUGA